AUGACUAAGAUCAUUUCCGAACGCCUACCCCGGCUGCGAAUCAAAGUCGAUUCCAGUGAUAAACCUUGGAUCACCUCCGAUAUAAAAACUCUAAUUUCUAACGGCAGGCAGCAUGGUUUGUUGGCAACGACCUGUUGUUUAGAUUCUACCGAAAAAAAUUCAACACUCUUUGUAUAAAAGCGCGGUCAAAAUAUUAUAGCAUAUAUAUUAGCAAAAUUAUAACACGUAUAUAGCAAAAUAUUUAGAGAUUUAAAUAGACAAUCUAAAAAAUAGACAAUCCUAAAAUCCAGAGGAGGAAUGAGGGUCUUCCCGAAAAGCAACGCGCGAAUUAGUACGGCUCAUUAUUAUUCAAGAUAUUUAUUCUCAACGCGCCGUUCGAUUAAAAACUGUUGAAGUAUAUUGCGAUUUUUGCUGUGAAGAUCUCGUUUUCUCAAAGGUAUGUUUUGAUAACUUUUUUGUUUAGUAAUUUUAUAAAAGAAGUUUUGAAUAAUGUUGUAUAUAUAUCGCAUUUUACUUAUGUUAUAUUCCCAUUGUAUUUAUGCAUGUUUUGGGUCAAUGAACAUGACCUUCAAAGUGGCAUUGAAAUAUUUACAAGUAAAUUGCACUUUUUUACAAGGAAACUAAAAUAAAAUCACAUGAGUGAAUCCAGGAAUGUUAACUCUUUAAAAUUAUACUUUAAAACAUGAAUUUACUCCAUAAAACCAAAGAGAUAUCGCGAUUUGAAAAUGAGAUAUUUUUGCUAUUUAUAUAGAAUAUAGAAUUAUAGAAUAUAGCAAGAAUAGCUAAUUUAAUAACUCUUCAGUUUUAUAACUUUUAUGGACGUAAAUUAAUGUUUUAAAGUAUCAUUAUAAAGAGUAAACAUUCCUGAAUUCACUCAUGCGAUUUUAUUUUAGUUUCCUUGUAAACAAGUGCAAUUCACUCGUGAAUAUUUCAAUGCCACUUUGAAGGUCAUGUUCAUUGACCCACAACAUGCAUAAAUACAAUGAGAAUUUAACAAAAGUAAAAUGCGAUAUAUAUACAAAAUUAUUCAAAACUUCCUUUAUUAAAUUACUAAACAAAAAAGUUAUCAAAACAUACCUUUGAGAAAACGUGAUCUUCCCAGCAAAAAUCGCAAUAUAUUUCAACAGUUUUUAAUCGAACGGCGCGUUGAGAAUAAGUAUCUUGAAUAGUAAUGAGCCGCACUGAUUUGCGCGUUGCAUUUUGGGAAGACCCUCAUUCCUCCUCUGCCUAAAAUCUAUAUUCGUCAUAACCACAUAUUCAUAACAUUUGUCUUUAUAACAUAUUUAUAAUAUUUACAUUUGUAUUUUUAGACCAUUUUGACAAAGGUUUAAGAGACCUUAAAGAAAAUAAUCUAAACCUUGCUGAACAAUCACUCAGUCAAACUUUAAAGAUUUUAUCCGCAUCGCCAAAUUCCUCAAACUUCAACGGAGAGAUAGCGACAUGUUUUCAUAUCAUGGCCGAGAUAUAUUUAACCCGAGCCUCUCAACUGAUGAACGACGAUGGUUUUUGCGAAAUGAUGGCUAAAUGCAUCGCUCUGUUCGAGGCUGAGCGAAUCUACAAGUACGGCAGUUACAAAGAAGACAAAGAAAUCAACACGGCUAUCGUAGAAGCAGAGGUAAAGUUUGUCGAUAGAGUAUUCGGGCAAGACGGCGUUGAACGCUUUAAGGAAAUGAGCGAUAGAAGAAUAAUGAAUCGCAAAAAAUUGGAAGAAAUUCGUUCAAAAGUCACUGACGAAUACUUUUCCACGCUUGCCAAAUUUCCAGACUGGAACACAGAAGACGAAGAAAAAAGAUGCCACGAAAUAGAAAGUAUAUAUAAACAUAUUUACCAUGACAUGAACGGCUUCCUGGUUGACAUUUUGUUUCAUUGUAGUCACAUUGUAGGUCCCGCACCCUGCAACUUCUCGAUCAUUGGUCUAGGAUCUACAUCUAGAAAAGAAGUCACUCCCUACUCUGAUUUAGAGUUUUCAAUUCUAGUUGAUGACAACAACAAAGAUCCUUCACCAGAACAACGGCAGUAUUUCCGAUUCCUGACUUAUUUUAUUCAAAUGCAAAUUAUCAAAUUAGGUGAAACAAUUUUGCCAAGUGUUGGCAUUCCUAGUUUAAAUGAUUUCUACAGUAAAAAUAAAGAAGAUGAUUGGUUUUACGACGAUGUCAUUCCAAAGGGAUUUUCGUUCGACGGUAUGAUGCCAUGGGCGUGCAAGACACCUCUUGGAAGAAAAGAAUGGCGCGGACAACCUCCACAAGAGUACAUCAUGACUGUUGAAGAAAUGUUGAAGCUUCAAGACGUCAUUCCUGGCUCUUGUAUGGAGAGUCUGAAAACUGCAAAUGUUUUUAGGAGCGUGUGUCACCUUUUUGGCGACGAAAAACUUACGAUGACAUACCAACAGAAAUUGUCAGCCCGCCUAACUCAUAUUGGCAGCAUGAGAAGUUUCCGAGAACAAGUAUUGCAGAUCAUGCAAAGUUUGUUGGAGACCUAUGGCGACGAAGGAAUGGCUACACAACAUUUUGGAACACAGCAAGACGUGAAAAAAGAGGUCUAUAGAUUGACAAGUCUUCUGGUUGAACAAUUAUCAAAAUUCUUUUUAAUUUUCGGGCAAAGUUCGUGGCAAUGUGUACAUGAAAUGAAGAUGAAGAAGAUACUCGCUGAAGAUGGAGCUAAAAAUCUACUUGCAGCAUUGAGUAUCACAACUGAACUUCGAUUAAAGUGUUAUCAGAAACAAGGUAAGCAAAAGGAGGCAUUGCCUACAGUUCCACAACUGUCAGUAACAGAAGACAAGGAUAUUCCAUGCCCCCUCUCAACAGCUAUCGUUCGUCUUUAUCAAAGUCUUAUACCUUUGAAAUCUGUCGUAUUUCAAAUCCUAGAAGUUUACAAAAACCAUGACCUGAAUGAACCAGAUACGUUGGUUCCUGCAGUGCUUCAGCAAGCGAAUUUUAUGGAUGUUUUGCCAAUGACAACAGCGGCAGCGUAUCUACGUGUCUUACAGCUUCCUAAAGCGUUCGAUUGCUUACUUUCCGCCAAAGGUGGCAUAACGGAUAAUGCCAGUAGGGUGAAAAUAAUUCUCAUGCUCGCCAAUUGUUACCAAAUGGUUGGCAAGUUUCACGAAGCUAUCGAGUGUUGCCGUGAGGUGGAAACAUUGUACACAGGGGCACCGGAUGUUGUUGAAGCAAGUAGUUUAUUAGAUGCGUUGAAGAUGAUCAUGGAUAUCUAUAUGGAUCAGGGCCUCUUCCAAGAAGCUCUUCAAAUGUACAAACAAAUCGUGGAUUUUCAAGAGAGGCAGGAUUUGAACGGGGGGUUCGUUAAGAAUGAGUUGGAUUUUCUUAACAGCAGCGCUGUUCUUUUCAUGAAUAUGAAGCAGUACAAUAAAGCUGAAGCCAUACUUAGAAGUAUCAUUGAAAUGUUACGGAACCAACGGAAGCAUUAUUUCAGUUACUUUAUGUGCUUAAACAACCUUGCUGUCAUUUUACUUAACGCGGACAAGCUUACAGAAGCAAAAACUAUCUUGAACGAUGCUUUAGAGAUCGCCAGUGAACUUUAUGGGGAAAACGCUGUCCAUCCCUAUUUUGCUCGCUGUUUGGCAAACCUUGGCGAAGUUCAUUACUAUCUUCAGAAUAUUGAAGAAGCAGACCGUUUGCUGCAAUUGGCGCUGAUAAUUUAUUCUCAUGUCCAUGACCACGAGUUGAUCGAGCCGGGUAUUAUCGAGGCACUAAUUAUCAAAGCGCAAAUAUCCUGGGUUCAUGAGCAGUGGAACGAGAUGUUCAAUUCUUUGAACAAAGCGAACGAACUUUCUAAGAUUCUGUAG